AAAUUUAAAAAAAAAACAACAUCAGUCCUUAUCAAAUGGCAGCCGAUCUUACAUCACACCAUAACACAAGAAGCUAAAUCCAUCUGGGCUUCUAUCCCAAGCUUGUUUUCUUCGCAAAAAAACAUGGUUUUUUGGGGUAAGCAGAGCUGAUUCAGAUCCAAAUCUUUCAGUUCUGUUGAGUUUUCUUGAUUCUUUCUUAGCAAAAAUGAAUUGGGUUCUUCUCAAAUCCAUACAAAAAGACUCUCUCCACUCCAUCUCCCCAUUCCCAUCAACAUCCAUUCCAAACAACCUCAAUCCAGACAACAACAAGAUCAGCCCAAGCAUCUUACUCAUAAUAGUAAUUCUAGCAGUCAUCUUCUUCAUAUCUGGUCUUCUCCACCUCCUUGUAAGAUUCCUCUUCAGGCCUUCCAACAGAGUCCCAGAUGACUUGGACAAUGUAACUGCCCUUCAAGGGCAGCUGCAGCAGCUCUUCCACCUACAUGAUGCAGGGGUAGAUCAGUCAUUUAUAGACACCCUUCCUGUCUUCCUCUACAAAGCCAUCAUAGGCCUGAAAAACCCAUUUGAUUGUGCUGUCUGUUUGUGUGAGUUUGAAGCUGAUGACAAGCUCAGAUUGCUGCCCAAAUGCAGCCAUGCCUUCCAUCUUGAAUGCAUUGAUACAUGGCUCUUGUCACACUCCACCUGCCCUCUUUGCAGAGGCAGCUUGCUGCCUGAAUUCUCAUCGAGCAAUGCCCGUUCGCCUGUCGUUCUUGUUCUUGAGUCAGGAAGCGAGAGUUCGAGAGAGAUUGGAUUGGAUAGAGAGACUGCUGCCGCCUCCGGCGUGGAAAAUGCCCAAUUGGGUUUUCUUGGUGAAGGUGAAUUUGGAUCUUUUUUUACUGAUGUUGGUCAGAAGCCUUGUGAAAUUGUAGUGAAAGAUGAGGCGGUUCGGGAGGUUUCGGAUGCGAAGGUCGUCCCGGUUAAACUCGGAAAGUUCCGAAAUGUCGAUGAAGUUGGGAGAGGUGAAGAGGGGAGUAGUAGUACUAGUAGGAAUUGUAAUUUGGAUGAGAGGAGGUGUUUUUCCAUGGGCUCUUUUGAGUAUGUUUUGGAUGAAAGCUCUCAAUUGCAAGUUGCCAUCAAGCCACCCGUCCGGAAGCAGGGGAAUAAGAAGGCCUCUCUGCCAUUGACACCGGGCCACCGGAUCGCCAUGUCUGAAUGUGGAGGACAUUCGAGUCGAGACGGGUUUAAGGGCUUUGACGGUACUAGUAGUGAAAUUCAUGGGCCUGGGAGUGUUAGCAAUGCAGCUGUGGUUGGGAGGAGGAACAAAGAGAGCUUCUCAAUUUCAAAGAUCUGGCUCCGGUCGAAGAAAGAUAAGCUUCCAUCGGCAGUGGAUUCAUCGAGGCGGGCCGUCUCAUUUCGAUUGCCAUUGCAACGAGCUGAUGAAUUGAAGCCAAAGACUGACAGUAGUCGGGCAGUCUCCGAGAUUGAUGUCUCCGAUUGGGGAAGCCGAGGAAGUGAAUUGGCAUUUGAUUUGGAAGUUGGGAGCUGCCAUAGCCUGGAGUCUCAGGCAAACCCGCCUUCAUUUGCGAGGCGAACGCUGCUUUGGCUUGUUGGGAGACAGAACAAGGUGGUGCAUUCAUCUUCCACACAUCAGGUCUAAAUCUUUGAAUUGUUAGGAUUGUUAGGAUUGCAUGAUCUUAUGAUCUUAGAUUCUUGAAUUUUGAAGGAAAAAGGUGAGGAAGAAAGAUAAGAAAAUGGAAAGAGAAACCAAUACAGAGUCCUUUGAAUUUUCUUGUAAAAUGUUCUCAUCGCAAAUCAAAUUCGAAUGCGUGAGAUAAUAUCAUUUGUUCUGUUUUUACUUCUUCUUCUCUGUUUUAAAUUCGAGUGUCUUUCUGUUGUUCUCUUGAAUAUUGGAAUUGUUAGAUUACAAGCUUUCAUAUUCUUGCA